AUGCGUCUUCAUGCCGUCGCCGCCCUGGCAGCAUGUCUCGCGACGGCUUCUGGAGUUUUCCAAGACGACGCGGGCCACAUUGACUUCCAUUAUGCGCUGCUAGGAUAUCCGAAACAGGACGCAACCUUCUUCCAGAAGCCCUAUGCCGCCUCCAAGGCCUCCCUCCUCUACACCGUGUCCGAGAAUCGCACCAUCGGCGCCGUCAAUCCCAAGGACGGGACGGUCGUGUGGCGGCAGGCGCCCUCCCCAGGCGCAAGAGGCGGGGGGCUGCUCAGGUCCGGCGAGGAGCAAGACACCAUCAUCAGCGCGCUAGGGGACCGCAUAACGGCAUGGAGCGCCUCGGACGGUAGGAUCGUUUGGGAAACAAGGGUCGAUGGCGCAAUUGCGGAAGACCUCGAGAUUCUGGAACAAGAGGACGGAAUUACAAAUAACGACGCCAAAGAUGCGAUCGUCCUGCUCGCCGACGGCAGCCAGACCGUGAGGAGGCUCGAUGGAAAGACCGGACGAGCGAAGUGGACAUUUGCGGACACGAGCGGAGACACGCCCUUCCAGGUGUCGACCUCGCCCACGACCGUCUAUUACAUUUCGCUGCACUCGCCUCUUCUCGGCGGAGGCUCGAAGCUGCGCGUCACGUCGCUGAGCCCCAUCACCGGCAAGAAGAUCGAUUCGUACACGCUCAACUCCGACAGCGAGAUUCAAUCCAAGGCGAACAUCCUCUUCGCCGGAGCCAACACCGCCGCUCCUCUUCUGGCAUGGACGGACAAGGCGAACAAGGUGAUAAAGGUGAGCAUAAUCGGAACGAAAGGCGUUUCGAGCUUCAAUACUCCGUCCAACGAAGCUGUGGAGAAGAUUGUGCUGCACGCUCCCAACAAAGCCAACUCUCUCGCGCACUUUCUGGUGGAAUACCAGACUGCAACCGGGCAUUCGGCCGAGGUCUACCAUGUCGAUCUGAAAAGGAGCUCCGUAUCAAAGGCCUACAGCCUUCCGCAGCUGAAGGGGAAGGGCACCUUCACCACCAGCACAUCCGAUGCCAAUGUCUACUUCACGAGGGUCACCGCCGAGGAAGUCACUGUCGUUUCCUCGGUCUCUCACGGCAUCCUGGGCAGAUGGCCGGUCAAAGGGUCGUCUGCGCUGGUUGGAUCGUACCCAGUUCAUGGCGUCUCCGAGGUGGUUGUCAAGGGUGACUCUGCUUCAGCCGUGAGGUCCGCAAUCUUAUUCUCCAACGGUCAGUGGGCACUCAUUCGCAAUGGGGAGGUAGCCUGGUCUCGGCCGGAAUUCCUAUCCGGCGCCGUCUCGGCUGUGUGGGCGGAGCUCCCUGAAGAGGAAGCCCUCGCUCAUGAACUGGAGGUGGAAGGGCAUCAAAACGUGAUUUCUGCUUAUAUUCACCGCGUGAAGAGACACCUGCGGGACCUGGAACAUCUUCCGGCGUGGCUACAGAGCCUUCCCAACCGCGUUCUUGGCAAUCUUUUGGGAACAUCCAAGGAUACCACCAUCGAGGAGAUCCAGCAUGACACGUUUGGCUUUCACAAGCUUGUCAUUCUGGCCACGGACAAAGGCCGCUUGGUCGCUCUUGAUGUGGGCUCCCAAGGCAAGAUUGUGUGGAGUAUUGACAUGCAUCAGUUCGCCCUCGACGCUACGUUUCAGCAGCCCUCUUUGAAGGCAUACCGGGGGUACGUUGAAAUGAAGGACCCUGGCUUUACUGGAUCGCUCUUUGUCAAUUCCACCACCGGAGGGCUCCUCAAAGCCCAAGAGCUCAAAACUCAGCUUCCCGUGCCCUUGGAAGGACAGACACUUGUGUCUUUCGAUCUGGUCGACGGCGAACUAAAAGGUUUCGUCGGUAUUGAGCCUAGCUCGGAGGCUGUCUGGACCUUUACGCCUCCAUCCGGAGAACAUAUACUCAGUUACACCACGCGCCCAGCGAAGGACCCAGUAGCGUCUAUCGGAAAGGUUCUCGGAGAUCGAAGGGUGCUUUACAAGUACCUGAACCCCAAUCUAGUCCUCGUUACGGCUGUUUCCGAAUCCGCGCGCAGGGCGUCCAUAUAUCUUCUAGAUUCAGCCUCCGGACAAUUGCUCCACACAGUGUCGCAUUAUGGGGUCGACAUCUCACGACCGAUCCCGUCCACCAUGUCCGAGAACUGGUUUAGCUACUCUCUCGCCUUGGAUGCGACUUCGUCCGCAGCCUCGCGAGGCUAUCUACUAGUUGCCGCCGAGCUCUUUGAAUCCCCUCUCCCAGACGACAGGGGCCCGCUCGGUGCCUCCUCCAAUUCUUCGACCGUACAUCCUGCCGGAGUCAAAGGGGACAUCGCAAAGCCAUACGUCCUGUCGCAAAGCUACCAGAUCCCAGAAGAGAUAUCGCAUAUGACCGUCACGCAGACACGGCAAGGUAUCACCAGCCGUGAGCUCCUCGUCACGCUUCCCGACUCCAACUCCAUCGUCGGCAUCCCACGCCAGGUUAUCGAUCCCCGCCGUCCAAUCGGCCGCGACCCGACUUCGCAAGAGCAAUCCGAGGGAUUGGUCAAGUACGCCCCAAUGAUACUAUUUGACCCGAAGUGGCAUUUGAACCACAAAUACGAGGUCAUGGGCAUCAAAGAGGUCAUCACAAGCGAAAGUGGCUUGGAGAGCACAAGCCUAGUCUUCGCUUACGGAUUGGAUAUCUUCGGCACGCGGGUAGCGCCGAGUUUCGCGUUCGACAUUCUAGGCAAGGGUUUCAACAAGGUGCAGAUGCUGAUCACGGUUGCGGCCCUUUUCGUUGGCGUUUUGUUUGUGGCUCCUUUGGUUCGGAGGAAGCAGAUCAAUUCUUUGUGGACAAUGCCGUAG